CGCGAAGCCGCACGGGCGCCGGCGGCUCGGGCCUCGCCGCAGCCCCUCGGCGCUGACGCCGCCCGCGCCAUCUUGGCCCAGGGCAGCUUUCCGCUAUUUACGUUCGUUCUUGGGAGAGGGAACGCCAUAUUCGAUUGGCCUGGGCCCAAAACACUCAAGACCCUCGGAUUGCAGUAGGUUCCCAGUCCCCACUAGAAAAGAAGAUUAAGAGUUUAGGUGGUGUCCAUUCUUCAGAAGUGAGGAGACUGUUAGUCCAAAAGUUUCAACAGGAGAAUGAAACGCUUCAUAAACUUAAGGCCACAUCUUUUGACUUCUGGUUUGCUAAAACAGAAGAAUACUACAGUCAGCGACAUCAAGAAAUGAUGCAGGAAGAGGAAUGGGAAGACGAAAUGGUUCCCAGAUGGGAUAUGAAAAUAAAGGAAGAGGAAACAAGACCACAAAGUGAAAAAACACAAGAUGCUAAAAAAUGGGACUAUCUAGUUUCUGAGAGAGAGCUGAAGCAGAUCGAGAAACACAUACACCGAGCGGAACAAGCUAGAGGCCUCAGAGACCACGAGUAUCGACUAGUUCCUCAAAGAAUUCCAAGGGAAGUACUUUUCACCAAUCCAUCCACACUGGAGAAGGAUGAGAAGGUUGAAAAUAUCCACAAAACACCCCAAGCUAAAACCAAAAUGCACAAGGUAGAGUGGACAAAGGAACAGAUAAAGAAACAUCAAGACCGGAUGAUUCGAGGGAGAGAACUCACAAAGCAAAGAAAUGAUCAGCAAGGUGCUCAGAAACUCGAUACCCAGGCUCCUCCUCUCCUAAAAUCUCAAGUGCAGAAAGAGGAAGUAAAAGAAUUUGAACAGGUCACAGCCUAUCCAAUUGUCCAGCCUCACCCAGAAGCACUUAUAGAAGUGACAAUCCUCAGGGAAAAGUCAAAAGAAGAGAGUAAAAUUAAAAAACCACUUCGAAGGGAGCUCUUGUGUAUACCACCGUUUUUGAAAAGUCAACUGGAGAAAAAUAAAGUUAAAAAUAUUUUCUAGAUUA